UUCUAACUUACACAACCUUACGCGCGUGUGAAUGGAUUGACUCUUUUAGUCCGUCACUUGGUUAGUGAUGUGGAUGAAUAGUAUCUACGAACCAUUAUCUAGCCAAAUACAAGAGAACUUACAUACCUAUUUAACCCCCUUUUCCAAACGCGAGCGAGACUUUCAUCACAUUGUCAAUCUUCUACCCCUAUCCUCCCAUCUCUACUACCAUCGCCGUAGGCACUAUCAAAGCCGGAUCCCCCAUGUCCACAACCCGCCUAGAACCACGAUACCGAUCUUCCCGGACAGACAAUACGAUGAAGAUCCCCAAAUAUCUCACCCUCGGUGUUCUCUCUUGCUUGCAGGGCCUGUCCCUCGUCAGCGCCGAGCCGCAAAUGUUCGAUAACUCGAUUUGCCCAUGGUACUACCUCCGCCAGAACUAUCAUAACAGCUUCGACGUUUAUACCGUAGAGCUCAUCGCUACCUGCGGCGUUGCCGUGAAUUCUGCAUUAGAGUAUCAUACGAGCCUUCUAGAUUUGGAUAGGUGCUUCGUCAACAAGGAUGGGAAUAUCAAGUUGGCCACCCCGGAUAUGGCGCCCCUAGGGGGUUUCUCUAAGACGUGCUGGAGCUGCGGUCUCAUGAACAUUGGACCUCACGAUAUUACCCCUGACACAUCGAAGCCUAUCAUAGCUUGUCAGUGCAAACCCGAAGAACCCAGCACUGAUCGCUCGCGCGAUGCGUCCUUUGAGUUCGACCAAGGAAUUUGGAUCGACAAGAACGGUGUUAUAGGAUGUCUGGAUCACACCGCCGACAUCAUCCCCUACUCCAACUCUACCACGCCAAAAAUGAUUCCCCCGAAUCUACUAGCGCCGCCUGCAACGGUGACUUCAACGGUAACGUCCACGGAGGUGCAAAACAACACGCUCAUCAACACCGCUACGGAGACAAAUAAUGCCACAGUCGUGAAUACUGCAACCGCAACCGCCACCGUCACCGCCACCCUAUUCAGCACCGCCAACCCCUCUUGCCCGUCGGGGUCCCAGGUCACAGUGACGAAGACGAAGAGGAAGAAGGCCAAGACGCUGAUUAAGACAGUCACUACGCCCUCUGUCAGCACUUACGUACUCACUGUUCUCGUUACGCCUCCGCCUACGGGCAACGUCGUUGCUAAUAUAAAGACGGAGACGACGGCGUAUGCGUCUUUCACAACCGUCUACCCGAGGCCUUAAACAGGACAAGGUAGGUAGUCAGCCGUUCGAGAUUAUGGUUUGUCUAUUUCUGUGCGUAUCAAUGCAGCUCGGAACGGGCGG